AUGGCGGACAAUGUUUUGAGGAAGCUGAUUGUAGAGAUCUGCAGCGCAAGAAAUCUGAUGCCCAAGGAUGGCCAAGGAACGGCGAGCGCUUACGCAAUCGUCGAUUUCGACGGCCAACGGCGACGGACGAAGACGAAAUUCCGAGAUCUGAAUCCACAGUGGGACGAGAAGCUCGAGUUCUUCGUCCACGACGCAGCGACCAUGGGUGAGGAGAUCCUCGAGAUCAAUCUCUGCAACGAUAAGAAGACCGGAAAGAGGAGCACAUUUCUCGGGAAAGUUAAGAUCGCCGGAAACGCCUUCGCGGCGGCCGGAUCUGAAACUCUUGUUUAUUACCCCCUUGAGAAGAGGAGCGUCUUCUCUCAAAUCAAAGGUGAGAUCGGAUUAAAGGCGUAUUACGUCGAUGAGAAUCCACCGGCGCCGCCAGCAGCGACGGAGCAGAAACCUGAGACCGCCCCGGCAGUGGAAGAGAAGGCGCCGGAGAAUCCGAAAGCAGAGGAGGGGAAGAAAGAAGCAGAGGCGGCGAAAACAGAGGAGAAGAAGGAAGGAGAUAAGAAAGAGGAGGAGAAGCCCAAGGAAGAAGCCAAAGCGGAGGAUAAGAAAACCGAUGCGGCAGCUCCACCUCCACCGGAGACCACCGCGAAGCCGCCAGAGGCUGCCGCAACUCCUCCUCCUCCGGCAGAGAUUCAGAAUCCGCCUCUGCCUCAGAAGAUAGAAACGGUGAAGCAGAAAGAAUUAGGAAUUAAACCGGAGAAUGUAAACCGGCAAGAUCUAAUCGGAACAGAUCUCGAGCUGCCUUCGCUAACCAGAGAUCAGAACCGUGGUGGUGGAUACGAUCUCGUUGAUCGAAUGCCGUUUCUAUACAUCCGCGUUGCCAAAGCGAAGCGAGCGAAUAACAACGGCGGGAGCAAUCCGAUUUACGCGAAGCUCGUGAUCGGAACAAAUGGAGUGAAAACCAGAAGCCAAACCGGUAAAGAUUGGGAUCAAGUGUUUGCAUUCGAGAAGGAGAGCUUAAACUCGAGCUCGCUUGAAGUUUCCGUUUGGACGGAAGAAAAAGUCGAGAAGGAAGAUAAAACGACGACGACGACGGAGAGUUGUUUAGGAACGGUGUCGUUUGAUCUUCAGGAGGUUCCUAAGCGAGUGCCUCCGGAUAGUCCUCUGGCUCCUCAAUGGUACACAUUGGAAUCGGAGAAAUCGCCGGGGAAUGACGUCAUGCUAGCCGUAUGGCUCGGGACCCAAGCCGACGAAGCAUUCCAAGAGGCUUGGCAAUCGGAUUCCGGCGGAUUGAUUCCGGAGACCCGAUCUAAGGUUUACUUGUCUCCGAAGCUCUGGUAUUUGCGUCUAACGGUCAUACAAACCCAAGAUUUGCAGCUAGCUUCGGGACCCGAACCUAAGUCAAAGAUGCCCACCACUGAGCUUUAUGUGAAAGCUCAGCUGGGUCCUCAAGUCUUCAAAACGGCUAGGACUUCGAUCGGACCAUCCGCUUCUUCAUCCGGAUCCGGUAACCCGACUUGGAACGAGGAUCUAGUUUUCGUAGCUUCCGAGCCGUUUGAGCCGUUUUUGAUAGUGACCGUGGAAGACUUAACGAACGGGCAGUCAAUUGGUCAGACCAAGAUACACAUGGGAAGCGUCGAGAGGAGAAACGAUGACCGGAUUGAACCGAAAUCCAGGUGGUUUAAUCUCGCCGGCGACGAGAAUAAACCCUACUCCGGGAGAAUCCACGUGAAAGUCUGUCUUGAAGGUGGGUAUCACGUGCUGGACGAAGCAGCUCACGUGACUAGCGAUGUCAGACCGUCCGCUAAACAAUUAGCCAAGCCACCGAUUGGUUUAUUGGAAGUGGGUAUCCGCGGAGCUACUAAUUUACUUCCAGUGAAAACCAGAGACGGUACACGUGGCACCACCGAUGCUUACGUGGUUGCUAAGUACGGACCGAAAUGGGUUCGGACCCGGACGAUUCUAGACCGGUUUAAUCCACGGUGGAACGAGCAGUACACGUGGGAUGUUUAUGAUCCGUGCACGGUCCUUACCAUCGGCGUUUUCGACAACGGACGAUACAAACGGGACGAAUCCGGGAAGCCAGGAAGAGACGUACGGGUCGGGAAAAUACGUGUACGUCUUUCAACUCUCGACAUGAACCGGGUCUACCUAAACUCCUACACGUUAACCGUAAUCCUGCCAAGUGGAGCCAAGAAAAUGGGAGAGAUCGAAAUCGCGGUUCGGUUCUCUUGUCCGUCUUGGUUAAGCAUUAUUCAAGCUUAUGUCACACCAAUGCUCCCUAGGAUGCACUACGUCCGCCCGCUCGGCCCGGCUCAACAAGACAUUUUGCGUCACACGGCUAUGCGUAUCGUGACAGCACGGCUCGCGCGGUCUGAGCCGCCGUUGGGUCAAGAAGUGGUUCAGUACAUGCUUGACACGGACAAUCAUGUGUGGAGCAUGAGGAGAAGCAAGGCUAAUUGGUUCCGUGUCAUCACGUUCUUGUCACGUGCCGCGACUAUAGCCCGUUGGGUUCACGGGAUUCGAACUUGGGUCCACCCACCAACCACCGUUCUCGUUCACUUACUUCUCGUGGCCAUCGUCUUGUGUCCGCAUUUAGUCCUCCCAACCGUUUUCAUGUACGCCUUCUUGAUCGUAGCUCUACGGUUCCGUUGCCGUGGAAGAGUCAAAGUCAACAGCGUUGACCCACGCUUCUCUUGUGUUGACUCUGUCACACACGACGAGCUUGACGAGGAGUUUGAUGGUUUCCCGGCGACGAGACCACCGGAGGUUGUUCGUGUAAGGUAUGACCGGUUAAGGGCAUUGGCCGGUCGGGCACAGACUUUACUUGGUGACAUGGCAGCUCAAGGGGAGCGGAUUGAAGCUUUGUUCAACUGGAGGGACCCACGAGCCACGUGUAUAUUCGUGGUCUUUUGUCUAUUCGCGUCCUUCUUGUUUUACAUAGUUCCGUUCAAAAUCUUCGUGUUGGGUUACGGUUUUUACUACAUUCGACAUCCGAGGUUUAGAGACGAUAUGCCUUCAGUUCCGGUCAACUUUUUCCGGCGACUUCCUUCAAUGUCCGAUCAGAUCCUGUGA